AUGGGUUUAGAUGAGAGCAGAGGCAGUGUUGUGGUAUUGGAUUCGGUUCAUGAGGUGAUUGCAAUUGAUGACAGCAACAAUUUGGUUGUGGGGGACAAAGAAUAUGUUAGUGGAGAGAUUGGAACUUCAAGAGAAGUGGGUAUGAAUUCAGGAUCCAGUAAGGAGGGGUCUGCUGAGGAAGUUAAGGUUAAGGAACAGUGUGAUGAAGAAAAUAUUCAUGGUGAAUUGCGAGUGGUUGAUCAAGAAACUAGUUAUAAUUCAAGCAAUUCAGUUAAUGAGGAAGUGGUUGAGACUGGCGCUGUUGUAAUAGAGUCUGUUCAUGUUCAGACUGAGUAUCUUAAUGGAGAGGAAAGGAAGUUGGAAGCAAACCCUGAUGAAUCCGGGCUUAGUUUGGUUUCCAUGAAAUCGCCGAAAGGGGAGUCUGAAAUCGAUAAAGAUUCGUGUGUGAUUGAUAUGAAGUGCAGUAGCCACAAAGGGUUUUCUGAGAAUUCACAAGGUGAAAGGAUUUGUAGGAUUUGUCAUCUGGCUUUUGGGCCGGCAUCAGACGCAGCAAUUGUUGAAUAUGCUAGCGCUACAAGCGGGGAUUUUAUUCAACUUGGUUGCGUGUGUAAAGACGAGCUCGGCAUUGCACAUGUUUAUUGUGCUGAAGUGUGGUUCAAGCUUAAGGGAAACAGAUUAUGUGAAAUAUGUGGUGAGACUGCAAAAAAUGUUUCGGGUGUUACUAAUAACGGAAUUACAGAAGAGUGGAAUGAUAGAAGAUUCAUGGACAAUGGCGGUAACUCAUCCCGUAGAUUUGGUGGAUGCUGGCGAGCACAGCCUUUUUGUAAUUUCUUGAUGGCGUGCCUGGUAAUAGCUUUCAUUAUGCCAUGGUUUUUUCAUGUAAACAUGUUCUAG